AUGGCUGUUAUUCUUCUCUCCUUGCUGAAUUUCUUCUUCCUUCUACAACGUGUCUUCGCUCAGUCAGCUGCUAAUUCAGGUACAAACUUUUCAUGCUUCUCUGACUCACCUGUUUCCUGUGAAACAUAUGUUAGUUACAGAGCUAGAUCACCUGAUUUAAUGAACAUUGGAAACAUAUCCGACCUGUUUGGAGUCAGCCGUUUGAGUAUUGUCAAUGCGAAUAACCUGCCUUCAGAUGAGGCAAAGCUAAGACAAAACCAAAUCUUGCUCAUACCAAUCACCUGUAGUUGCAAUGGCUCUUCUUUCUUCUCUAACGUCACCUAUCGUAUCAAGGCAGGUGACAGCCUUUACUCGGUUUCUAUCAACACAUUCCAGAACCUCACAGAUUACCAUGAUGUGCAAGAAAUGAACCCUUUACUGAUUCCUAAUAGGUUGAAAGUCGGCAUGCAAGUUGUAUUUCCUUUGCUCUGCAGGUGUCUUAGUAAAGAACUUGAAGAGCAAGGACUCAAAUAUCUUAUUACUUAUGUAUGGCAACCGGGGAAUGUUCUCUUGGCUGUAAGCUCUGCAUUUAAUGCAUCUCCGGUUGAUUUUCUUAAAGAAAAUAACUACAGAAACUUGAGUGAUGCAGUAUGUCUUCCGCUUUUGAUGCCAGUAACGAAACUGCCAAUUAAUCUCUCCUCCUUAGGUGAUCUCCACAUGACCAGACGGCUGAAUCUUAUUAUUGCUAUUUUAGGCUCGGCAGGUGCUUUUGUUAUUUUGUCAGCCUUGCUAGUCUACAUUCAUCGGUUAUACGUGAAGAGGAGACUACUGGAACCAAAUGUUUCUUAUACAGAAUUUUUUGAAUCAAAGGGGGGGACUAUUGAGCCACAGCUGUUUAAGAGUAAUCUUCUGCUUAAGGUCUCAGGUUGUCUUGACAAUCCAAUUAUAUUUGAUGAGAAGGCAAUCAAAGAAGCAACAAUGAAUCUAAGUGAUAAGCAUAGGAUUGGGAGAUCAGUGUACAAAGCAACGAUUGAUGGCGAGGUCUUUGCUGUGAAAAAAGUUAAAGAUGCUACUGAAGAAAUAAAGAUACUACAGAGGUUAAAUCAUGCAAAUCUGGUGAAGCUAAUGGGUAUCUCAUUUUGGAAUGAUGAGGAUUGCUUUUUGGUUUAUGAGUAUGCUGAAAAUGGUUCACUUGAUAAUAUGUUAUUCUCAAGCACACCAUCUUCCUCAAGCUCUAUGGCUUUCCUUACUUGGACUCAGCGGUUAGAUAUAGCACUAGACGUUGCCAAUGGCCUCCAAUACAUGCAUGAACAUUCGCAACCUAGUAUAGUCCACAUGGAUAUACGUGCAAGUAACAUCCUCCUUAACUCCAAUCUCAAGGCAAAAAUCUCAAAUUUCUACUCAGCUCGACCUGCUACGUGCGCUAAACAACUUAAAGAAGAUGUAUUUGCUUUCGGAGUUAUUCUUCUUGAAUUGUUUUCAGGGAGGAAGGUCAUGCAGCAGAGCAAAAAUGGUGAGACUGUGAUAGAAUGGGAUCAAAUGAGAGAGCUUCUGGAAGUUGAUGAGAAGAGAGUCGAAAGGCUAGAGAAGUGGAUGGACCAAAACUUGCAGGGAUUAUACCCUACUGAUAGUGCUCUGAGUAUAUUACAUCUAGCCAACGCUUGCACAUUAGACAUAUAUUUAGCCAGACCAACAAUGACAGAGAUAGUCUUUAAUCUUUCAUUUCUCCGGCAAUCAUCAUCUGAGAUGUAUGAAGGGUCUUGGAUGUCAGGAAUAGAACCAGUAGAAUCUUCUGAAACUUUCAGUCCCAUCAUAGCACGUUGA